GGCCGGAUGAGUCAAGAACUGGACACGCCAAAAGCCAAAUCCCGCCAAGGGCCCUCAUCAAUCUUCCACAACACUCCAGCAAGGAAACAGCAGACAUGUCGAACAUGAAUUCAACACAGCACGAGCGAGAGCCAGCGCCGUCUUAUCGCCAGUCGUUCGACACUCUGGCACACAUCCCCGCAGACCCAAAUCUGUCGGAAUUCAGGGCAAGCCGGAUUGACAACUUUUGGAUCAAGGUCUUCCCACCAACGCCAAAAUGUUACAUUUGCCAAGACAAAACGGACACCGCGAAUCUACUCUCCAGGCCAGGAUGCGAUCACAAGAUUUGCGGCAAAUGCCUGAUCAAGGUCUUUGAGCGAGCCGUCAACGACAAGAAAUGCAUGCCGCCCAGCUUCUGCCCUCAUGGUGAGGUGUCGCCCGAUAUGGCGCCCGGCUUGUUCGACGACGUGUUCUUGGCGCAAUGGAACGAGAAGUACUUUGAGUAUUUGGAGCAGACUGUGCCGUCAUGAUUGCUAUCUGGCGUCCUGAAGACGGGACAGGUUGGACAUACGGACAUAUGGAAACGUUCGACAAUUGGCAACAUGGGCGACCCGAUCCGAUCUCUCGAAAAGGCCAGGACAUGAAGCGAUAAAUCAGUAAUAAACAGAUGUGUGCGACUCCGGCAGAACUCCCAUCG